AUGAAUGUGAAGAGUAUGUGGAAGAAAACUAACCUUCAGUCCAUGUUCACGAUGCUGGAGAGGAUUUCCUUCACUGUAGAGGAGAGGACAACCUGCUACAUCAGGCCCAUGGUUCUUCAACAACAAAAGAAAAGCAAAAGUGGCAGGGAUGAGCCUUCCAGCUAUAUAUGUACCACAUGUAAGCAGCCCUUCCCCAGCGCCUGGUUCCUGCUGCAGCAUGCCCAGAAUAGCCACGGCAUUCGGAUAUACCUGGAGUCCAACCCCUCAAGCACUGCCCUCACCCCACGCCUCGCUAUGCCUCCACCCAUGGGCAACGACUCCAUCCCGCAGUCCCCCCUCACCAACUUUCUCGGGGACAACAACCCGUUUCACCUAUUGAGGAUGGCGGGACCCCUGCUCCGGGAGCCUCCCCUAGGCUUUAUGGAGAACCGACUUCCCAACACGCCUCCAUUCAUCAGCCCGCCUCCCCGCCACCACCUGGACCCCCAUCGACUGGAACGCCUUAGCGCAGAGGAAAUGGGCCUCAUAUCACAGCACCCCAGUGCCUUUGAGAGGGUGAUGCGGCUAACGCCCAUGGCCAUGGAGUCCCAGUCCAUGGACUUCUCCAGGCGGUUACGUGAGUUGGCAGGGAACAACAACAACACCACUCCACCUUUGUCCCCCAGCAGGUCCAACCCUAUGCACCGACUGCUAAACCCCAAUCCCUUCCAGCCUGGGCCAAAAUCACCUUUUCUGAGCACCCCUCCCUUACCGCCGAUGCCCCUAAACAGCACCACCCCUCCCCAGACACAGAACAAAGUCAAGUCCUGUGAGUUCUGCGGUAAGACCUUCAAGUUCCAGAGCAACUUGGUGGUGCAUCGGCGCAGCCAUACUGGAGAAAAACCAUACAAGUGCCAGCUGUGUGACCACGCUUGCUCUCAGGCAAGCAAGCUGAAGCGCCACAUGAAGACCCACAUGCACAAGGCUGGAUCCCUGACAGGGCGCUCAGAUGAUGGACUGUCCACCACAAGCUCCCCAGAGCCUGGCACCAGUGAUGUCACAGGUGAAGGCAUGAAGAAUCGUGAUGGGGACUUCCAGGGGGAAGGCAACGAGGACGAAGAAGAGGAGGAAGAAGAAGAGGAACUUGAGAAUGAGAGUCGACCAGAGUCCAACUUCAGCAUGGAGUGUGAGUUCUUCAGGAACAGGGAGAACGGCUCUAAACUGCCCUCAGAGGACAAGCCAUCACUCGCCCUUGAGAAAAUGGUGGAAGGUGGGGGUCUAAACUCUAUUCAGCAGUACAAUAAUUUAAUAGUUGACAAUCGUAAAAGGAUGCCCUUCACCAAGAGGGGUUCCGAUGGCCUGAGGGAUACAGGGGAUGAGGACUCAGUGGCUGGGGAGAUAAACCACCACCACCAGCAGGAAGAGAGGACCACCAUUAAUGGCCGGAACUGUGGCUCCGUUGACUCUUUCUCAGGCCUGUUUCCACGUAAGCCCACCCCUAUCACCAGCCCCAGCCUGUCCAUCUCCUCAAAUAAGAGGAUCAAGAUUGAGAAGGACUUGGACAUUCCCCCAGCACCCCAUAUUCCCUCCGAGAACGUGUACUCCCAGUGGUUGGUGGGCUAUGCUGCCUCACGCCACUUCAUCAAAGACCCUUUCCUCGGCUUCACUGACUCCAGACAAUCGCCCUUCGCCACCUCCUCUGAGCACUCGUCCGAGAACGGCAGCUUGCGGUUUUCAACGCCUCCGGGUGACCUGCUGGAUGGAGGUCUUUCAGGACGCAGCGGCACCGCCAGUGGAGGCAGCACGCCUCACCUGGGUGGAGGUCCAGGCAGGCCUGGCUCCAAGGAUAGCAGGAGGUGCGACACCUGCGAAUACUGCGGCAAGGUGUUCAAGAACUGUAGCAACCUGACGGUGCACCGGCGCAGCCACACAGGUGAGAGGCCCUACAAGUGUGACCUGUGCAACUAUGCCUGUGCCCAGAGCUCCAAGCUCACACGCCACAUGAAGACACACGGCCAGCAUGGGAAGGAUGUCUACCGCUGUGACAUUUGCCAAAUGCCCUUCAGCGUGUACAGCACCUUGGAAAAACAUAUGAAAAAGUGGCAUGGAGAACAUUUGAUGACAAAUGAAGUCAAAAUUGAAGAAGCCGAGAGAACAUAAAUUGGGGUCUCUCUUUCCAGACUUUGCGCCACACUUUGACAAAAAAAAACUAACAAAAUGGGGAAGCUGGAUACUCUUUUUCUGCAAUGUUCAUUUUGGGUCAAUUUUGUGUUUUUAAGAAACUGCCAAAUGAGAAAACAGAUAUUUUAACACCACUUAAGGCUGUCUAAACUGCCUCAUUUGGGGUUCCUUUUUAAACAAUCAGUCAGUUGAGUUAUACUAUAUGUGGAGCCUUUAACUGUGCAAUAAUUUCUGUAUUUAUUCAAUUUUGUAUUUUGGCAUGUGCAGGUACAUUAUUAUUUAGGCUUUUUUUUUGUAUAUUUGUUUUACUUGAUUUAGCAUUUCUCUGUUUUUUAAAACCCCAUGUUAUCCUGAGAGUCUUUUCAGAAGACAAAGGUCAAUUUUGUUUUUUUUGGCCGCUGCUUGUAGUAAAUUGUAUAUUAAGCUAAACGUGUGAUUUCUUGAAGAGAGGCUGAAUUCAAUCUUCAAUUUGAAAGUGGCGUUAACUGAGAAUGCUAGAAUUAGUCUAUUUUGUGUGAUGAUACGCGGACAACAAUCCUUGUAGCAUGAACUGAGUCUAAAACAUGUCAAUAUAAUUGGAUAUGUAGCACUGAGCGUCAUAUUUGACAGUAAAUCUAAAAUCAAAGAGGAUCCCAAGGUUCCUGCUGAGAACAGAACUACCAGAGGAAACACAUCUGGAUAAGGCAGCUGCUGACUGGUACGACGUGGUCCCAAGCCCCGACAACGCUACGACAACCAUCUUCUGCUUUCCAGCCCCUCCAUCUUACUUACAUUCAAACAUCCAUUCAUUAUAGUUUGCACCAAGCCAUAUGAUCUAGGCCUUUAUUGAUAUGGACUAAACUGAGCAUGAAGCCAUGCAAUACGAGUAUGCAUAGAGAUGGAUAGAAGACUCAGACAACAGCACAGGGACAUCUCAGGGUGAGCUUUACUACUUUUGUGAUUAACCUAAUAUUUUCUGCAUUUCCAUUUCAUCAUAUGUUGGAAUUAGCGACAGUACAACACCCCCCCCGUCCCCCCGUCCCCUAGGCUAAUGCCCAGGCUUUGUCCUCAAUAUAAAGUGGUUAGACUGAUUUAUAUUUGAAGUCACAGCUUGUAAUUAAUUAGUUUAGAGAGAGAUACAUGUGUGUGAAUACAUGGCAGACUACUCUUAGUUUCCUGCAGAAAAUUGAAUUUGAUUGAUUUUAUUGUUAAGAUUUAUAAAAACCAACAACCCUAUGCAUUUUGUGCUCAAAUGUCUCUCAUGAAAUUUUUGGAAAAGUGGUAGAGUAAAUGUUAACUUGUAUCUUCAUAGUGAUCUAUACAUGUAUAAUCUGAUGACUGAAGUCACCAUGUGGUUAAGGAAUCCACUGAGAAUAGGAAUCCUCAAAGGCUUCACCAUUAGUUGUAGGACAGUUUUGUGUAAAAGAGGAAAUGAUAAGUCAAUGUGAGCGGAAGUAGUAAGACUAAUGGUAAGACAUCAGUUUGCUCCAUGCCCCUUUGUUUUUUUAAACAUCAUAACCCCAUCCACCUUCAUAGCUGCUGUCAAUUCAUAAAUCUAGAGUUCUUAGCAACAGAUCCGCACUUUAUAAUUUCCCCGUCCGACACAGAGAGAGCUGGACAGAAAGGUACUGAAGGGUGGAGAGCUUUGGGGUCUGCUGAUGCUGAAGUGCCCAGGGUUGUUAGGCAAGGCUUUUCCAAUGCUGGCACUAUAAAAAAAAAGGAAAUAUAAUUUAUUUGGGACAGUUUUUGUACUGCCAUUCAAUUUGACAUGAGUGUGCCUUGAAUAAGGAUCUUCCUAUUUAUUGUCUCAGACAAAUGCAACACUUUUAUGAAGCAUCAAAUUGAACAACAAAAAAUGUGAACUUUAACUUGUAGUUUGACAUUUCCACGGAAAUAUAAAUUAAAUAAUGCUGAGUUCAGGCUAGGAGUACCCAGCACAAUAUCAGUGUGUCUGUGUGUGUGUAUAUAUGUAUGCAUAUGUACAUAUAAAGGCACAAACCUAUAUAUAGAUAUAUGUCAAAUUCCUCACUCAUUAGGACAAUAGUCGGUCCAACAACAAAAAGCCACACAAAAAGUCAAGGAAGAGACUCAACAAAAAUCAGGAAAUGCAGAAACUAAAAAAAACGAAUUUAGUGCACUCUGUCUUAAAAUAAGUUUACAGUAUUAAAACAAGUACAAGGGUAAAAUAAUAUUUGUGUGUAUGUGUGUUUUGAACAAACAAGUAUUUUUUUUUCAGUUUUGCUUAUGAAGUUUCUCUGAAUGCCGUAGUGGCGAUAUUGUUUUAUAUUUUUUCCGGGUCUUUUUUGGUGACGGGGUUUUAGUAUAUAUAUAUAUAAAAACAUAUGAAUAUAUAUUACAUUUUUCUUGUUUACUGUAAAAGUAUACCAGUAUUUGUAAUAUUGGAGAAUGCCUGGGCAUUUUACAAAAAUAGAAAAAAGGUUGUUUUUUUUGUUUUUUUUUGCAGUCCAAUUUAAAUUGUGGGUCUCUUAAACUGUUUUUGUCACUGUAAUUGUAAAAGUCUUAAGUUUUAGUAACUUUUAUUCUGCCUUGGGUGUAAUGAAAUAAAAAUAAACACAUUUAAAAAUGACUUGGAUUUGGUGGUGGGCUGGCUGUUGGGGUUUGGUGGGUGGACGGGGUUUCUACCUUGGAACUUCAGAACAUUUGUUCUGCUUUCCAGAAGAAACACACUGAGAAUACUGACUUGUAUCUAGUGCUCUUCUUCUUGAAUGGAGUAUUCUUCAUGGAUGGUUUGAAAUACAAUUGUAGGCACUUGCUGUCUUUCCUAAGGAGCUUCUUUUUUUUACUUGAAGGCUAUGUGCAUCCUGUUGUGAACACAGUACCUCGUCAUGUCUGCUCUUAUAUCUGGUGCAGGGGAGCGUGACUUCCUGCCAAUGAAAAGAUAAAACUCACAGGCUGCCACCAGCUGUCUCUCUCUUUGGCAGUAUAGGUAUCUGAUGAAUUUGUACUUGUAAUGAAUCGUACUGAAUCACAUUGUACAGUAAGCGAUCACAAGGCUGUUAGACAGCCUCAAAGUAACACGAACGCAGCCAAUGUUCAGUUUACCGCUCCAUUAUUUGUACAUAGUUUUCUAUGACGCUGUUUUACUUUUUUUUGUUUGUGAUCUUUAACUGGCACUGGCGGUGACUUCCUGUUUCUGAAGGGGGGGUGGCGGGGUGUUAUUCUGUUUGAACUUUGUGACCUUCAUGUGUGUUUUCCGGCACAUGCCUAACCCAUUGAUAUUCCUCGCAUUGAGAACAGAGCACA